ACGGAGAACUUCCUGUUUAUCUCGCCAAUCCCACUUCCUAGUUUUGGUGGGAUGAGUUAAUGAACUGGGCCCUGUUUGCUUUAUCGAAACACAAUCAGCUGACUUUGGACUAGGCUACAUCAUUCUGACAGUUACAGUUAGCCAAGCUGGGUAACAAGGAACUCGCUUCUGUCUCAGGAUUAACACAACGCGUUGUGGUUACAUACCAGGUCAGUGUCGUGCUGAGGGUUAUAUACUGUGCAUGGCUGGUGUGAUGGACAAGCUGCGGAAGAAGAACAAAGCUUCUGGACCUGCAUCAGAAUGGUCCAGGACAGGAAGCUUCCUGAACAAACCCGAGAUAGGGUGGAUCCACCCGGAUCAACAGCUGGAGCCUGAUGCAGGAAUCUGCUAUGGUGUCAGGUACAUUGGUUGUAUAGAAGUGAAAGAAUCAAUGAAAUCUUUGGACUUUGAAACAAGAACAACACUCACAAGAGAAGCAAUCAACAGAGUAACAGAAGCAGCUGGACUCAAAACAGCAUCCAAGAAACGAAAGGUAGAAAAGAAGAUACUGAAAAUGAUCGGCGACAAUCCAUACAUGCAGUAUGCAGGAUCUAAUGUCAAUCUUACUAUCACUGUGGAGUCCAUUAAUCUUAUGGUCAUGGAGUCAGGGGAGAUUAUUGCUGACCAUCCCAUGCAGGUUGUGUCGUUUGCCUCAGGAGGAGAUGCUGAAACAUUAGAUUUUGUGGCCUACGUUGCCAAGGAUCCCCAGAAGGGCCGAGCUUGUCAUGUGCUCGAAUGUGGAGGUGGACUGGCGGAGGACGUUGUCACCACAGUUGGGCAAGCCUUCGAGCUCCGCUUCAAGCAGUACCUCAAGAAACAGCCUAAGGCUGUACAGCUACCAGACAGACGGGAGAAUUCUAGUUUUGACAAAAGUAAAUGGGGUGACGAGGAGGAGUACUACAACGACCACCCUGGGGCCUGUCCCCCCUCACCCCCUAUUCCUGAGGUCCCCCCAGUACCUGAGUACAAGUCCCCUACCAAUGUACCGGUUGGUCUGUAUGCAUCGGUGAAAGAUCGCAGUGAGAAUGGUCUGUAUUCUGAGACCCGUGAGGGACAGCUUAUAGAUCUGACAACAUAUGACAACACAGGAGCUGCAUCAGCUUCAGAUCGUCUGUUUGAUGACACGGUGUAUGACAACAAGGAGAAUGGUGUCAUCUAUGACAACAAAAACAAUGUCAUGGCAGAAAUGAAUGAAGAAGGAAAAGCUGCUGAUCCUUUCAAUUUGGGUCAGUUUGAUUCGAACCUGCCCAAGUCCCCUGUGACAGACACUGUUCCAGCAGCAGGUGCUCUCAAGUCCUCUAAUGGUACUGUCAGCUCUCCACCAAUAUUUGAAGAGUGGUUCCAUGGCAACAUUGGCAGGAAGCAGGCUGAAGAGCGACUGGAGCAUGACGGUGACUUCCUUGUUCGAGAGAGCAGUAACAGUCCCGGGCAGUAUGUGCUGAGUGGUAGACAGAACGGGCUAGUCAAACAUCUGCUUCUUGUUGACCCAGAGGGAGUGGUGAGAACAAAAGACUUCAUAUUUGACAGUGUGACCCAUCUCAUAACGUACCACCGACAAAAUAAUCUACCUAUUGUCACGCAAGGCAGUGAGCUCUUGCUUGUUCGAACCAAUGAAAAUAGCAUUUCAGCAAUUUAAUGUCAUUGCUGAAACCAGCAGUAUUGCUAAACAGGAGAGUGGAAGUAUUAAGUUGUCUUCCAGUAAGUGUAAGCCAAAUGUAAACCAUCUUGUAUGAACUAAAUGUAAACCCCUCGUGAUUUAUGCCAUGUUAACACUGUGUGAUUCAAAUACUGACAGUAAACCAUUUGUGUACAUCAUAAUACAAACAGGAAUACUAACCUUGUAUAUACCAUAUGGUAUACAGUUCAUGUGGGAAUCAUGGUUUAACAAAUCGGUGUAUACCAUACUCUGAUCAAGUGGAUGGACUUUCAUGUUUUAAACCAUGGUUUAAAACUAUGGUGCCACUAUUGGUUUGCCUGUAUGUUUGAAACUGUUGCUUGACAAUCUGGUUCCAGUCAUUGUUGACCAUGUUUUAGACUACGGUUUGACACUAUGUGAGCCAUGAUACAACAAUGUUUGUUAUCGUUGUUUAACUGUGGGGUAAAAUCACAACUGUGUAUGUCCAGGGAUGCGACUUCACCUGAAGCAUUAUCUAUCACAAAAGACUAAGACUAAAAUUUUGGGACAGUCCUUAAAAGGUCUGAAAUUCGACUAGCCCUCAGGAUAUCUUUUAUGUCACACAAUCUGACAUGGGCAAGUUGCAUCCCUGGUACCCAAGAGGGGUGGUUGAAGCUGUUCAAGAAUAUGCAGGCUGGAACUGUGUGUGUUUGUGCAGCAGUAGAACCACAUACUGAGUACUGAAGUUUGACCUUUGAUGAGUGUGCAUAGCAUAGGUAUACAUCAGGCACUCAAAGAUGGAAGCCAAAAUCUUCAGCCGUACAUCGUUGUCAACUGGCUUUGGAUACUGGUUUUAAACAACAAAUAUUGCAAUGAUACUUUUGAGAAGUUCUUCAGCCCUAAUCAUUUAAUGUGCUUGACGUUCUAUCCUGCUUCCUGUUGCUGAGCAACAAGGAAAACGCCCAGUGUCUCCUGCUGACCUCCCAGUGGUGUUGUCUGGGUCAGGUCAGUGGUCAAGUGGUUCGGCUCGUCAUCACACCUGCACAGGUGUGGCUAUAACGAUUACAUCAAAGGGUCACAUACUCAUGUUUCUCUAACUUCAGUAUUCCUGCUGUGUGCAAAUGAGGACUGUAACCAACUGAUUUCUGUGUUAAGCAUUAUAUGUCUUUGUCUGGUGUAUUUCAUACACUUUCUUUGUUAUUGGACUUGUCAUAUUUUUACUUUUACACUCUUUGACAUGUUGUCAGUGAUCAUGCAGGCAUCACUGCUCUUUCCAUUUUUAGAUUUUAUUACAUCGAGUCCUUCAGUAUAGGUAAAAUGGACUUUUUAGUCCAACACUAAACAGUAUUGUUGACACAAUUUUUUAGACUAUUUACAAUGGCUCCAACUGCACUAAAUAUUGUACAGAUUUGACUGAUUGUUUUGUGUUGAGGUCUCCAUGCAGCUGACUGUACAUUGUGACAUAUUGUCAAAGAAGAGUAGAAAGUAUUUUGGGAAAUAUGAUGUGGUUUGGAGAACACUUAGAUACUCAGAUGUACUGCAUGAAUAGGCAUAAUGUUUAUGAUCUUGAUGUGAAUAGGUGAAAACUGGUGAUUGAGCACAAAUCCCUCUCUCAAAAUGAGCUCAGGCCCAAAGCAUAUUAGUGUCUCUUAUAUUUGAUGAUCUCUCGUUUCGUAUCAGAAGCAAAUUAUAUGAUGAUAUUGUACCUCCAAAUUGCCAGUACAAGAUGACUUGAUGGUGUACAUUUCAGGGUUAAGUCAAUCAUGACAGAAAUAGGGUUAAAGGUUUCAUCAUCUGGGAAGUCAUUGUGCAGUUGAUAGAGCUGAAUUUUAAUUAGUAUCUCUAGAUGUCAUUGAUUGUUUGAUGAUAGUAACUGAUAAAAAGAUGAGCGUGGUUGAUUGAGGCAAAUAUUCACGCACAUUUACAAUUUCCAUAUUUUGUUUUGAGUAUUGCUUGUAUGUUUUUUUAACAUAAUAAUUUAUUCAAAGAAGCAUUCCAGCUGUAGUGAUUGCGGAAAUUCUCACAAGUAUGUUUAGUGUUUGAGACUAUUACAAACUGAGGUACACACCACAGUAAACAGUUGAGCCUUGUGGUGUAGAUUAGAUAAAGACGUUAUAGAGGUUUGUUUAAUAGUCAACCAUGUUUAUGGAUUAGUUUAGGAUUCACAUGUUGAUUUUAUCAAUUACAAGGUGAAGUUGGUGUUAUGUUCAUGGAUUGCCAUCAUAAUGAUAUAGAGACAGCUUCAUGGCAUGAACAAUAUGUGGGGAGUGUGUAGGAAGGGGGAGAGUGUGGGAGUGGGGAGGGGAGAGUCAGAGGAAGUGCAUAAAGUCAGGGUCACAAACAAACAGAAAUAAAUCAUGGUGGAAACACUGGGACAUUUUUUUACAUAUGAUAAGUUGUGUCAGUCAAAUGUGUAUUUUUGUGUAUACCAA